CGGGAUGCGGAAGCCAUCUUCGAACUCUGUAUUUGUUUUCCUUUCGUUUCUGAGACGGAAAAAUUGUAACAGACGUACAUUCUUCUAUCUGUCACUCUCUUUGAACAUAACCUAAAGCCCAUCAAUAUCAAACAUCAUCGUCCGCAGCACAAUUAUCCCAGAAUCCAACCACAAACCAAAAAAAGACGGUUUUUUUUUUUUUUUUUUUUUUUUCGUUUUUCGUUUUUGUUACACCAAUUUAUAGUCAUUUCUUGGAAUGAGGAACAUGAGAUUUUAACUCCAUUCCCAUUUAUCACUGGGCCAAGAAGGAAUUUGGACUGGAUUUCUUGGCCCUGCAUGAUUGGGAAAAGUAUAUUCUUUCCACUAUAAUUUUUCCUGAUCAAUGGGGAUCUCAUCUGACAAUCUUCAUGGACUUGUUCUGGCCGUUUCAUCAAGCGUUUUUAUUGGGUGUAGCUUUAUUAUCAAGAAGAAAGGUCUUAGAAAGGCUGGGGAUACAGGAACCAGAGCAGGGUCGGGAGGGUAUGCCUACUUGUAUCAACCUUGGUGGUGGGCUGGAAUGAUAGCUAUGAUCGUUGGGGAGACGGCAAAUUUUGCUGCUUAUGCAUAUGCUCCUGCAAUUCUUGUAACUCCCUUGGGAGCUUUAAGUAUUAUUUUCAGUGCAGUGCUAGCUCAUUUUAUUUUGGAAGAGAAAUUGCAUAUCUUCGGCGUUCUUGGAUGUGUUCUCUGUAUGGUAGGCUCUGUAAGUAUUGUUAUGCAUGCUCCUCAGGAGAAAAGUAUUCAUUCGGUUAAGGAAGUGUGGCAUCUUGCUACAGAGCCAGGAUUUCUUGUCUACUCUUGCAUAGUUUUGGUUCUGGUUGCUGUCCUCAUUGUCCGGUUCGUACCUCUCUAUGGGCAAACCCAUUUGGUGGUUUACAUUGGAAUUUGUUCUCUCAUGGGCUCUCUUACGGUUAUGAGUGUGAAAGCACUGGGGAUUGCUCUGAAGCUUACAUUUUCUGGAAUGAAUCAAUUUAUAUACUUCCAGACAUGGUUUUUUACGGUGGUUGUGAUAGCUUGUUGUCUUCUGCAGAUCAACUACUUAAACAUGGCCCUGGAUACUUUCAACACAGCUGUCGUAUCUCCAGUUUACUAUGUCAUGUUUACAUCACUCACCAUUUUUGCCAGCAUGAUCAUGUUUAAGGAUUGGGAUUCACAAGAUGCAUCACAGAUUGCAACUGAGUUGUGUGGCUUUGUGACAAUAUUAUCAGGGACGUUUCUCCUUCACAAAACCAAGGAUAUGGGAAAUCAUACACCAGUGCAGCCCCCAGUUCAUGGAAGCCCAAGCCACAACAAUUCAAACUCCAAUUCUUGACAGAAACAUAUAUAGAAGCUUAAAAAGCACGCUGGUGAUAUUUUAGCCAUAUACCCCAGGAGUAGAAAUAUUUUUGAAAUCGAAAGAAGCUUGAUGCCAUGGCACAGAGAGGAGACUGAGGAAUAUGUUUUUUUUAGCAUAUCAUACUUGUAAAUAUCUCUUGAGAUUUGUAGGAGUUUUAGCCAGACUAAGUUGCACUUUCUUAUUUGCUUUCGGUUCUACAAAGUUAUACAGGGAGAUCAUUGAAGAAUUGAAUGCAAAUUUUCGACCACUUCCACA